GGGGCUGGCGGACUGGCGGCUGGAGCCAUUGCAGCUCUACUGCUGGCUCUGAUGUGGUCCAAGGGCGUGGCACCGUUGCAGGAGUGCGCCCUCAUAUGGCCCUCUCUGCCACCGCAGGCGACGGACCCAGAGGUUGCCGCGCUAGCCCAGCGCUUCGACGCCCGGGUGCGCGACGCAGCGCACCUGUCGGUCUCGCGCAGGGGAGAGCUCCGGCGGGAUCGCGACACGACCCUGUGGGCGCUUCUCGCCGACCACUUCGGGAGCAACCCCAGCACCCCGUACAUGUUCAACGUGCUGCCUCUGUGGGGGUUCCUGCUGCCCAGCCCGAUCUACCACAUCAGGCGCCGCGUGCCGGUGCCGUUCAGCAGUCUCGGGGACAGCGUCAACAGCUUCAACAUCAAGGCGUCGGCCGACGGGCUCUUCGCGCACGUCGUCACCGGCAACCAGUGGACCUACGCCCUGGUGCGCGAGGCGCUGGUCGGGAGCGGACUACCCGAGGGCGCCAUCAACGUCGUUGCUUUGCCGGCGGCGUUCGGGCUGUGGGACUUCUGGACCCACUUCGAGACCGUGCUGCGCAUCUUCCGGUUCGAGAACGAGACUGACGGGGAUGCAUAUUUGCGUUCGCACCCCCCCGUGUUCUACGUUCGGGCCGAGCACUCGAACACGAGCCUCUUGCCGCACGAUGGCUACAAGAGCCGCGCGCACCCCGACAACGUCAGGGAGCCCCAGCUCGAGGCCGGGUUCUCGGCGCACUGCUCUGCCGUGCUGAGCGCCGUUGGGCAAGUCUACGGUCAGGAGGUCUCCUCGCUCCCGCCGCUCGAAUUCAGGCCACUGCACAUCGUUGGGCUCGACUGCCUGAGGCUGGGAACAGAGUGCCUCGGCGACUGCCCCGACGCCUCUUACUUCGGGCCGAAUAUACUGGAGGAUAGCGACGACAUUGAGAUGGUCUCGCUUCCCACCGACGAUGACCUCCACGUGGUCACUAUGGUCAACCAUCGUGCGCUCCGCGCGGCCAUUUAUGGCAGCAUUGCCAUUUUGAAGAGCACCUCGCCCUCCGCGAGGACCCUCAGUAAGACGCACAUGGCCGUUCGUGCAACCACAAUCGGCAUUACGUCGCUGGAGUGGCCAGACGCAGGGACAUUUGUAUCGUGGGCCUUCACGCGCAACCCUCGGCACUGUUCUGACCUCCUGCGGGCCAGUGCUGUCCACGGCUGCUCGAUUGUGGAGGACAGCCAGGUGGUGCGCGGCGCAUACUUCACGUAUUGUGAGCGGAUCUACCUCAAUCCGGUCACUGGAACUGGUCCGAACCACGCCGAUAUCCUGCCCGCGCGCCUUUACCACAUCAACGUGAGGUACGUAUCCCCGUCCAGUUCGGCCAGGUCGGCGGCCCUCUUCCGGCGCAUCAGGCUGCCAGACGCGGAGCCCCUCGCGACCUUCGACGGCGGAGAGCCGCUGCGGGCCCACGUGCUGUCCCAGUUCUCGCACUGCCACGACGCGCACCACGGCUCGUGGGCGCGCGCGGCCUCGGACGUGCCGCUCUACCUCGCGGAGCUGGUGCUGCGGGGUGCCGAGCGGGCCUGCGGCGACAGCUGCGCGCAGGGGAGCUCCGACUGGAAGGGCGCCCUGGAGGAGCUCAUGGCAACGGGCACGGGCCUGGGGAGGCCGGCUGGGAAGGUGCGAGUCAUCUCCCUGGAGAACACGCAGGCCCACGCCCUGACGUGCAGCAAGGCGCGGGGCAGCUUCGGGCACCACUUCAAGGUGCUCGACGGGGGCGACUCGCUGCACCCGCCUCUCGACGAGGCCCUCGCGUCGAUGCGCCGCUUCGAGUGGAUCGGGCUGACGGAUCUCUUCGAGCCCAGCCUGUGCCUCCUCCACUUCCAGGCGAACAGGACGCUGCCAGAGUCGUGCGACUGCGCAUCGCCGUCGCGCAACGGCCGCACCACGCUGGGGCACUGGGUGGAGACCCGGUACACGCCUCGAGGCGCGGCGUCGCUGUCGGCGGCGACGCUGCAGCAGAUCGACGCGCACACGGCCGUGGACGCCCGCGUCUUCGCGGCCGCCCUGCGCCUCCUGCUCGGGCGGCUGCGGGCCGUCGAGGACGCCACCGGCGCCUCGGUGCUGCAGUGCAUCGACCGGUGGUCGGCCAGCC